AUUAUCCACCCACUAGAGGUGACUAUGCCGAGGGAAGGAGGCAUAGUAGUAUCCCUCCAGUGUAAUUGAUAUUGUCAUGGACUGUUUUGAAGCCCAGUACUGUUUUUGAUUCCACAGUUUAAGGUGGUAGAUUUCGUUGCGUAUUAUUACGGUGGAAGGAUUCCUGCACCAACAACACAGCCACAGCAGUGGUCAAGAUAGCUGAUCCAGACCAUCAACAGUAAUUUUCCAGUACCUGCACAGUAAUGUAUGGUACAGGUACCAGCAGUUGGCAUUAGUGGUAAUCUGUAAUUUUCUGGAAGAAUAAAACCUGUGAUGGCACAGACUAAGGGACUCAAGGUAGUGUCUCUAAUCUUACAGAAUGUUUUGAGAAGAAAUUUUUGUAGAACAUGUUUAGAAAUGAGUGAUCUGAUUUAGUGUGUACAAAACCUGUACAGUAGUAAGAGGAGUGUUGUGAACAAAUUCUACACAGAUGACCAAAAACCAUGGCCUUUAAGUGUUCAGAGUGUGGCAAAGAGUUUUCAUUUGUGUAUGCACUUAUCCUUCAUAUGCGUGUCCACACUGGGGAGAAACCAAUUACCGGUAAGUGUGAUAAAUGUGAAGAGACAUUUGUGUUGAGAAGUGAACUGAAAAAACAUUCUGCAAAGCAUCUUGAAAAGCCUCACAAAUGUACAGUGUGUGGGAAGGCAUUUUCACACAAUAAACUUUUGCAAAUGCAUAUGUGUAUCCACACAGGAGAGAAACCUUAUCAAUGUAAGCAUUGUGAUAAAUCAUUUGUAAAGAAUUAUAAUCUUCAACGGCACCUGUUUCUUCAUGGUAAAAACGGUGAAAAUAAAUGUCCAGUAUGUGGCAAAGGCUUUACUCGAAGUUGGUAUCUAAGGCGGCAUAUGAAUGUGCACACAAGAGAGAAAACAAAACCCUGCAUGAAAUGUAAGAAAUCAUUUUCCAACAUUUAUACUCUUGAGGCACACACAAAGAAUGUUAAUUGUACAGGGGAACCAAACCUUAAAAGUUGUUCAGUGUGCAACAAAGAAUUUCGAAGUGAUUCUAACCUUGAAAUGCACAUGCGCACUCAUACUGGAGAAAAACCUUUCAAGUGUUCAACAUGUAAAAAAGUUUUUAUGUGGUCAGAUGAACUUAAAAAGCACAAGAGCUCUCAUAGCAGUAAAAAAUCAUCUCAAAUAUGUGUUAUUUGUAAAAAGGAAUUCAAAUCAUCAGCAAAUCUUACAAUACAUAUGUAUUUCCAUUUUGGAAAGGAAUCUUCAUUGAAAUCAAAAGAUAAUAAAAACGAUUGUGAUAUAACCAGCGACACUAGAGAUAUACUGCAGCACACAGCAGAGAAUCCACUUGUUGGUCUUUGUGAACAAAGUAGUUCCUCAAGUUUUGGCUCUCCGAGUAACACUGCAACAGACAUUGAAGGAAGUAGGAAGUUUCAUAUAGAAACAGUUUAUAUAAAAACUGAAGAUAUGAAAAGCUCUCAGGAAAAUUACAUAAAUACAGAAAUACAAACGGAUGAUGUUUUUGUCAAAGAAGAAAUAGAAGUUUAUGACUAAUUUAUUAAUUUUGUCAAAGAAGAAAUAGAAGUUUAUGAAUACGUAAUUUAUUAAUUUUGUCGAAGAAGAAAUAGAAGUUUAUGACUACAGUAAUUUAAAAAAAAUUCAAAGAAGAAAUAGAAGUUUAUGACUAAUUUUUUAAUUUGUUCUGUUGCAAUUGGUGUCUUGUUCUGUUCUUCAUUGAAUGACUAAAAUCAUGUCUUUAUGAAUAAAUGAAGUAAACAUCAAGUUUAUUGGGGAUUUCAGUAGUGCUUAACACUUUAAAGGACUGUCAGAUUUAUGUAAGGAACAAGGUGAACCUGCUGUAGGACUGACAGAGUUCUUCUGUGAACUUGUUAUUCUUACAUCCUCACCUGACCAAUCAUACUUGCUGCCCACUCAUAGCUGAUCACCUAUCAUUAUCUGCAUUCUGUUUCUUAUUACAGUAUUUGUACCAUCGACAGAAAAAUGAAGCCCCCACAGAAGUCAUGUGUAGCUACACCAAAACAAUCCAUGAAUAUAAACCGAGAGGUGAUAUGAUUAUGACCCCUUGUAAGAUGUGAGAUUACGCUUGGACCGAGUGGAUUGAUUUUAAACAAACAGCACAGACAACGACAGAUGUUUCUGAGGAGUAUUUACGGAUGGAAGGAUCACUACAACAGCAACACUGAUCAAGUUACUGGUAAUAGGUCAACAUCUAGACAGUCACCAGUAAUUCAUCCAUACCAACAGUUGACUUUAAUGGUUAUCCACAAUUGUUCGAAAGUGAAAAUAAUACUCACAGUGAAAUAAAAGACAUUCAAGAUAGUAUUAAGAUAGUAAAUUUACAAAAUGGUUAGACAAAAAAAUUUGAGUUUUUGCUUAGAAAUAAAGUGAUCCAUUAUACUGUAUACAAAACCCAUACGAGUAAAUACAUUACCAGAAACUAUGGGCUUGAAGUGCUCAGAAUGUGGGAAAGAGUUUUCUUUUGUUUAUGCUCUUAACAUUCAUAUGCGUGUCCAUACUGGAGAAAAACCUAUUAAGUGUGAUAAGUGCCAGGAGACAUUCAUGUUGAGAAGUGAACUUAAAAAACAUUCGCUGAAACAUAUUGAACUGAAACCUCAUAAAUGUAAAGUAUGUGGUAAAGGAUAUGCACAUAGUAAUCUUCUGCAAAUGCAUAUGCGCAUCCACACUGGAGAGAAACCUUACCAGUGUAAAUAUUGUGAGGAAGCAUUUAUGUGGAGUAAUGAUCUUCAACAGCACCUGUCAGUUCAUGAUAUAGGAAAAAAUUUUAAAUGUCCAAAAUGUGGCAAAGCCUUUACCAAAAACUGGUACUUAAGACAGCACAUGAAUGUGCACAUCAGGGAGAAAACAAGAAUCUAUUUGACAGUUAAAAGUUGUUCAAUUUGUCACAAAGAAUUUCGAAGUGAUUCUGACCUUGAAACACAUAUGAGAAUUCAUACUGGAGAAAAGCCAUUUCAGUGUUCAGUAUGUAAGAAUGUCUUCAUGUGGUUGGAUGAACUUAAAAAACAUAUGAACUCCCCUGGAAUACAAUCAUCUCAGAAAUGUGUUAUUUGUGAAAAGGAGUUUAAAUCAUGUGCAACUCUCAAAUUACAUAUGGAUUACCACAUUGGUAAAGAACGACUUACCUGCAGCGAAUGUGGGAAGGUGUUUACACGAGCUGGUAAUCUUAAAACUCACAUGCUCGUUCACUCGGGAGAGAAGCCUUUUAAUUGUAUAGAAUGUGGCAAGCAUUUUUCUCGUAAAUGCCAUCUUCAAAAACAUAUGCGUUUUCACUCCAGCAAAAAAUCCUCAAAAUGUUUGGCAUGUGGGAAGGAGUUCUCUCUGAAGUCUGAUUUCAAGCGUCACUUACUGUCUCAUAACGGAGAAGAGUCUGGUAUAGCCAGUGAAGAUAAACAUAUACUCCACCAGACAGUAGGGAUUCCACCUGCUAGUGUGAGUGAACAAAGUAAUUCCUCAACAGAGGGUCUUGACUUACUGAGUGACAACACAACCACCAGUGAGGAUACUCAAAAGUUUCACAUAGAAACAAUAUAUAUAAAAAAUGAUGACAAGACUAACAAUCAGGAAAAGUGCAUAAAAAGUGAAACACAGGUAAAUGAUGUUUUCAUUAAAGAAGAAAUGGAAUCCUAUGAAUAACAGAUUUAUUAAUAUAUACAGUACUGUAGUUGUUGGUUUUGCUACUAUAGUAUUAAGAUUUUCAACAUUGAAUCUCACAUGCCUCUCCUUUUUUAAUGGCAUUCAUUAUGAAAUAUGGCAUGUGGCAGUUGAGUGGAUACAAUGCUCAUCUCCUUUUUCAUGGGUCGGUGGUUCGAUUCCCAAGCACUCCCAGUUCACCCAUCUGUAAAGGGGUUCCUAAGUUUACAACUUAGGGAGUGAAUGUGGUCGAGUGCAGUACAGUACCAGCCAUACUGCCUUCUUGUGAACUGAAGGCUUAGUAUACAGUCUGCUGUAUCCACACUGUUCCUAAUGGGCAGUCAUGCCUAUGGGGCCCACUUUCAUUUUUCAUUAUACUGUAAAUAAACAUUGAAAGCAUAUUGAAAAAUUCGCAAAAGCUCAAAUUCAUCUCACUUGUAAGGUAUUAAACUUGAGACUGUGUUCUGUAAAAUGGGUUUCACCUAUAAAAUUAAUUUUUAAUCCAAGUCAUUGCUACAGUACCUGUACUAGUUUUUCUUUUGAAAAUUGUAUUGUUUAUUUUGAAUCAAUUACUUGAAGAACAGGAGGGGGUCAUAUUGACUCAUACAUCUGCUUCAUCAUCCCACCUGGAAAUAUCUUUUACCUCUUGCAUUAGGUAUGUCAUAUUCUUUCCUUGAUAGUAAUGUUUAAUAAUGCUCAACCCCUUCACUGUGGGACACAAUUUUGAAUUUUGUUUGGCUAACACAAGAUGAUUUUAUUCAACACACACACCCCUCAUACCCAAGGGGUUAAUGGUAUACUGUAUUUCCAUAACACUGUUCUGUAACAUGUAUUGUGUAUAUAUUUACCACAAAUUUUUAGAAUUUUGAAUUUCUCCGUAAACAUUACCUUUGCAGCCUUUCCAUCACUUGUCUUAACACAUGGCCAUGCCACAUCAAUACUUUGACAUCAAUCAACAUACAGAAAUUAUUAAAUUGACAGACAAGUGAGGCAGUAAAUAGUUUUGGAUGAUGAAGAUAUUUUAUAGUGGUGCAGAGGGAGCCCUCCCGAAGAGGUUAUGACUCUGGAUUAACCCCAGUUGCAUUAGUUUAGGGUUGCCCGAGUUAAAGAUCUGUAAUGGUCGCCCCUCGUGUAAUGAGAAUGGCUGGCCCAAGGGCCACCUAGGCGUGAAUUUGUUUAAGGUGUAGAAGCUGUCUCCAACACAACAACCACACCCUAAAUUAACGAGUUGCAUGACCCAGUGUCAAGGAAUAGUCCGAGAAGACCGGACAACUCUCAACUGCACUGGCUAACCAUUACCCCGGGAACAUGAUUCGCAAAUCGAUGAACAUCCAAGUUCCCAAUUACUGCUGGGUAGACAGAGGAAAUGGUGUAAAGAAUCUUGCCAAUAGUUUCACCCUGCCUGGGGAUCAAACCCAGGUCCACUCGCUUGUGAGGCGAGCAUGCUGACCAUUACACCACAGGUUUCCAUAGGCAGACAUACCGUACCCAUGUCACUCCUCACUGGCUGUUGUAAAAUGGAGUUUAAAGAUCAAGCCUUCAUUUUUAACUAGUGCAGAUCAGGGGACUUCAUAUUGAAUUUGUAAUAAUAUUUUGUUGUAUUUCUUCAGAAAUAUUCCUAUAAGAAAAGACAAUUGUGGAAUAUUUUAUCAGUUACAUAGGUGAUUCAUUAACCGGUAACUAACUUUAAAAAUAAAUGUUAACUCCCCGGU